UGGCUGCCAGGAAAUGGCGGAGGUUCGGCGCCGCUGCCGGGAUGUGACUGACGUGCCAGCAGCGCGUCGCCUGAUGCGAGCCGUUCGGGGCUGAAAUGGCCGGAAACAUGAGCGUGUCCCAACAAAAUGACUGUAGGAGGCAGUCUCUGCUUGAAAGACUUCUUGAUGCUGUUAAGCAGUGCCAAAUUCGCUUUGGAGGAAGAAAAGAAAUUGCAUCAGACACUGAUAGUCGGGUUAUCUGCCUGUGUGCUCAGUUUGAGACUGUGUUACAACACGGUUUACGGAGAAGCAGAGGAUUAGCUCUUACAGCAGCUGCUAUCAAACAGGCAGCAGGAUUUGCCAAUAAAACUGAAACAGACCCUGUGUUUUGGUAUUAUGUGAAAGAACAUCUGAAUAAACAUGAACUGCAACGAUACUAUUCUUUAAAGAAUAUCACUACAGAUAUAGGACGGGGCAGAGCCUGGCUUCGAUCUGCACUCAAUGAACAUUCACUUGAACGUUAUAUGCAUAUGCUUCUUGCUGAUGCAAAUCUUCUAAGUAUCUUCUAUGAAGAUUGGUCCUUUAUGAGGGAGGAAGAGCGUGCUAGCAUGCUUCCUACGAUGGCAGCAGGGUUAAACUCUAUCCUCUUUGCAAUCAACAUUGACAAUGAGGAUUUGAAUGGACCUAACAAGCCUGUAUCUGCAGUUGCAAACCUAUUAAAGGAAUCAACGCAAAAUGUCACAUCCCUGUUAAAGGAAUCCACACACGGGGUCAGUACGCUCCUGAAAGAAAUCACAACAGCUUCUGCAGUGCCCAGUUUCAUGCGACCUGAGCCUGAAUCAGACCGACUGCCAGUUCUGUCUAAAACGGUGACUCAAGGGCGACUAAAAGUGGACGCAGAACUGCAGAAGAGGCCUCACCAAUGUCCUGUACAACCUCAUGACGCCCCAGCUCUUAGACUCAAAGGUCUGAGUAAUGAAGAUGGAAAAAGUAAAAGAGAAAAGAAAAAAAAGAAAAUGGUGCCAAAUAUCAUCUCAUUUGAUGGAGACAAUGAGGAGGAGGAGCAAAGCUCUGCCGAGCAAGUGAAAACUUCAGAUUUAACAAGAGAAAGCUCUGAGGAAAAUUCAGAAAGAUCCUCUUCAGCUGUUUCUUCAGCCAUAGAUUCCUCCAUGAUUUUAGCUUCUUUUAGUCCAGAUUUGAAUAGAAACCCAGAUUCAAAUGAAAAGCAAUUCCACAGCAGUUUCUUGAAAACUGUGGACGUUUGCCUUAAUGGUGAUUCCAGUCACAAGAAGCUAGAUAUGAAAAGUAUUGAUGAUGAUGACGACGAUGAUGAAGAUGAAGAUGUAGAUCGAGAGCACAUAUACCAAAAGAUCUCUCAAAGUAGAGAGAAUGAAGAGGGCAGACCUGAUUCUGAACAAUCUCUUGUGCAAAACUUAUCCGUCUCUCAAAUGUCCAGCUGGAAUACCCUUCAAGUCCUAAAUGACAAUGACAGUUCUGACAUUCUUUUUCCAGUAUUGGCAGUUGGUUCCUAUUCUCAGUCUGAUGCCACUUCUGAUAAUCUGGUGUGCUGUGAUGAACAUGACAGUGUCACUCUAGCUGUUGAACUUGCUCAGAAAGGAUCCCAGCAUCAAUGCAGUUCUGGAGCUGCUCCUCCACUUCAGGUUGAUGUUGUUAGUGGUCUUUUGCCAACUUCUACUGUUCCAGAAACCAUGACUGUUGAUGAAUUACGUCAAGCCAUUGUGGCCAUGAUGAACAGAAAAGAUGAAUUGGAAGAGCAAAACAGAUCACUGCGAAACUUACUUGAUGGUGAGAUGGAACAUUCUGCAGCACUCAGGCAAGAAAUUGACAACCAGCAAAAAAGACUGGCAGAACAGGAUGAACGACAUGCUGCCAAGGUUCAGGCAUUGGCAAGAGAAAACGAAGUGUUGAAGGUGCAGUUAAAGAAGUACGUGGGAGCUGUCCAAAUGUUAAAGCGAGAAGGAGGCCAACUGAAUGAUGUUCUUCCAAACUUACGGAGCGGUGAUUCCGAUAUUAUGAUCCCAGAACCUAAACCUGUGGUUGAUAAUGAUGAGCUGGCUAACACCUAUGAGCGAAAGCUAAUAGAGGUUGCCGAGAUGCAUGGUGAACUCAUAGAAUUCAAUGAAAGACUACACAGAUUACUGAUGGCUAAGGAGGCCCUUAUCUCACAGAUGAGGCAGGAACUCAUUGAUUUACGAGGGCCGGUUCCUGGUGAUCUAAGUCAAACCUCUGAAGACCAAAGUUUAUCAGACUUUGAAAUGGCUCACUGUGCGCUGAUAAAUGUUUGGAUUCCAACGGUUUUUCUACGUGGACGAGCUGCUAAUGCUUAUCAUGUUUACCAGGUUUACAUCCGGAUCAAAGAUGAUGAAUGGAAUGUCUACAGGAGAUAUGCUGAAUUCAGAGCAUUGCACAUCAGGCUACGGACCAAGUUCCCUUUAGUGAACACCUUUAAUUUCCCACCUAAAAAAGCUAUUGGAAACAAGGAUGCAAAGUUUGUGGAGGAACGUCGCAAACAACUCCAGGAGUAUCUACGGAGCAUAAUGAACAAAAUUAUACAAACACUUCCAGAGUUUACAUCAAAUCCUAAAAAAGAGACCCUUAUGCACCUGCUGCCAUUCUGUGUUGAUGUACAGCCGACUGGGGAACCUGCAAGUAAGGCACGGUCAAAGGUCGUUUCUAAGUUUUCUAGAUUGAGCAGGACUCACCCCAGAGAGACACGAAAUCCUGAGCCUCAGAGUGGUGACCUUUGACCUGUGAACUGACAAAAGAUUCCAGCGUACACCCCUUUAUGUGAAACGUCAGAUAACCUUUCAAUUCACAGCUGAGUUAAGCUGAGGAAGAUAAAGUGACAGUGUUACGUCGUGGGAAAUGAUUUUGAAAGCUGUCAGGUUCUCAUGGGUCUUGUACAUUGUUAGUAAUUUGGAAUGCAUUAUUCGCUUCAUAGAAAUGUAAGUAUAGGAUGAGACUCCCUUUCACUUGCACAGUUUGAAAUGUUUACAGUCUGUAUUGAUUAUUUAUUGUGGUGGCACAAUUGGAACAUUUAUUUGUUACAUUUUUGCCUUAAUUCUUAAUGCCCUUGCCCAAGCACCAAAAACAUGUCAGCUUCUUUGUGUUCACUCGUUGAGCAUAUUAAUGACCACUCCUGUGUCUAUAGACUGCAUCUGAAAGGAUUAAAAAUUUCUGCACCAAUUUACAAAAGCACUGUUACUGAAUUUCACGCCGUUUGGAUGGCAGAUAAAUAUCAACCAGAAAAAACUUCAAGCCAGAUGUAAUUUAUUGACAUUGAGAGUUGCUAAGUGCUGUUUCUUCUUUCAACACUUUUUUUUUAAAAAAUGGAUUGAGUAUGAAUUUUAUUUUGUUAACAGACUCUUCAAUACGAACUGGAAACCAUUUAAUCAGUCUUUUUUAAAAUAUAAAAUGUGCAUAGUUUCCAACUCUGAGAUUCACUAUAAUCACCUGGUUCUAGUCUCACAAUUUAAAUGCCAAAUUUUGUUCUUUACGCAGUUCUGAUCAGUCAUUGCACAUUGAUAUUGUUAUAGGCUGUGAAAUGACGGCAGCUGCAUUAAUAAAGGUCUUGUCCACUCACAUUAAUUCCUCUGAGAGUGUGGUAAGGUUCACAGUAAUAAAAUGCUUCUCAUGCACAAAUAACGACUAAUUCAAAGACACAGAUAUUAACAAUAGCAUCUUAACUUUGUUCUAAGAUUUUUACAAAAUAAGAACUGAAACGUCAAUUCUCGGUAAGGAAGGGGAAUCAAUACAGAAUUGUCACUGUUGCACAAAGCUACAACUGGCAGUCUGUACUCGACUCACCAUUCCUAGUGACUGAAGGUGUAAUUGAGACACCACAGUUGGAACACUUCACUAUCUGCCAAUGUACAGAAUGUUUCUUUUAAUCAUAGAAAAUCAAUAAACAUUAUUGUUUUCCAAAUGAGACACAGCAGCCUUAAAAUUAAUGUGGAAACAAACAAGUCCAAAACAACUUAAAAAUUUAAUUCUGCUUGUAUCAUUUUCUGGAAACAAUAUUGUUGGUUUGGAAUAUUUUAGAUCCAUCUUUAGGCUUUCAGUUUUAUAUUUUUAAUUAAAUUGUAUAAAAUUCACUAAUUCUUCCACUUAACAAGCAAAUGCUAAAGUUUAAGGUCAUUUUCCUAGAUGUUAGGCUUACAAAUUCUACCAAAAAUGCAUAUUGGCUACAGUUAUUUACUCUCAAAGAUUAUGCUGUAAAUGUGAAUUGCAAUGCGAGAAAAUUAUUUUCCUCUUGAAUGCCUUAUUAGCUGUUACAUUAACAGUUUAGUCUUUCUGCUUCAGAACUUUCUGACCAAACAAGACCCAGUCAUAAUUCACCUUGGAUCACAUCCUUGCCAGAAUUGGAACAUCAGACCACAAUAAUUUUUUGUCACUCUAUUUCUUCUCUUCCAUCAAUGGUCAAAUUCUUAAAAGUUUCCCAAAAGCAAACCAAGUGUAAUAACCUCAUUGUUGAUACUGUAGCUGGCCUUUCUCAUCUUCAUUCAACCCUGUUAUCAGUCUUCAGCAUUCUUACAGCCCACUUCAGCUGUAGCAUUCCACUAAUCCAUUUAGCUGCCCAUCUCAGUUGUUUUCACUGAAAGCUGUCAAUCAUCUUCCAUCACAUUCUACAUUCAUCAUCCAACAGGUUUGUGAACAUGCUUAUCUGUUCAAUUGUAUAGAGUUCUUGAUGAAAACAAAUUUAAGUGCAGUAACAGAGAACUGGAGAAAGCUAACAGUAGUGGUGCUGACAUUUCCUAUACCUUGUUUUGGUGAUCAAUUACUUAAGAAGAAGUUAAAGUCAUCUGCUCCUUUGUUAGCAUCUAUUCAGUUGUACAUAAAUCAGAUUAGACGUGAUAUUAAAUAAAUUAAUCUCUAUCCUGUCAACCUGUGGAGAAUGUAACAUUCAAAGUUGUAUUUAACACUGCUGUUAGAUUUUAAUUCUUUUAUUAGAAAUUCAUCAAGAAAAGUGUUUUAUUACAACUGCUUCUGACAAGGCCAUUUACAAGAUAAAUGCUACAUGGACCAAAAUAUGUGCGGGGAUAUAAUGCAAUGUAACUUUAACAGUGGAAGAGUGUACGUACGGGACUGUCAGUUCAGAGAUUAAACAUUGACUGUACCAGCAAUCAAAGAGAUGUCCUGUUAAAAGUGCUUUCUCUUACCAAUGGGACCAUGAAAACAAACUUAAGAAUAAUUAAUAAAUAUGCAUGAUCAUGA